AUGCUGCUCUCAACAGCUCUCCUGCUCGCCGCUCAGCUGCUGGCACCUGCGUUGGCGGAGUUAUCUAUCCGCGGCGCGGAUAUCUCGUCUCUGAUUGUGGAGGAAGAUGCGGGCAUCUCGUAUAAGAAUCUGGCUGGGACGACGCAGGCGUUGGAGGUGAUACUGGCGGAUGCGGGGAUUAAUUCUGUGCGGCAGCGUGUGUGGGUGAAUCCGAGUGGUGGGUCGUACGAUCUGGAUUAUAAUAUCGAGUUGGCGAAGAGGGUGCAGGCGCAGGGGAUGACGACGUAUUUGGACCUGCAUUUGAGUGAUACAUGGGCGGAUCCGGGUCAUCAGGCGACGCCCUCUGGCUGGUCGACGACCGAUAUCGACACGCUUACCUGGCAACUAUACAACUACACCAAAGAAGUGUGCGACACAUUCGCAGAGAACGGACUCACCGUCGACAUCGUCUCGAUCGGCAACGAAAUCCGCAGCGGUCUCCUCUGGCCCCUCGGCGAGACAAGCAGCUAUUACAACAUCGGCGAGCUCCUGCACUCCGGCGCCUGGGGCGUCAAGGACUCCAGUCUCUCCACAACCCCCAAGAUCAUGAUCCACCUUGACAACGGCUGGUCCUGGUCCGAGCAAGAAUACUUUUACAACACCGUGCUGGACAGCGGCUCGACCUUUGUCUCGACAGACUUUGACUACAUCGGCGUCUCCUAUUACCCCUUCUACGACUCUAGCGCGACCCUCGCGUCAUUGAAGACGAGUUUGACUAAUCUGCACUCGACGUACGCGAAGGACGUGUUAGUCGUCGAGACGAAUUGGCCGUAUUCGUGCCCGAGUCCCGAAUACGCGUUCCCGUCGGAUCUGUCGUCUAUUCCGUUCUCUGUUGCGGGACAGGAGACGUUUUUGAAUGAUUUGGCGGCGGUGGUUGAGGGUGUUUCGGGUGGAUUGGGUAUCUAUUACUGGGAGCCGGCGUGGCUGGACAAUGCCGGGUUGGGCAGCAGUUGUGCGGAUAAUCUGUUGUUCAGUUAUACCAAUGAUGAGGAACGGGCGAGUCUGGCGACGCUGGGGACUGUUUAG